AUGAGGAAGCUUGCACUUAACAACCACAAUGAAAUUGAUAUUCUUGGGCUGGGCACGUACGAAACAAAGUGCGAAGAGGCAGAUGUAGCCAUAAGCACCGCAAUGAAGGAGGGCUACAGACUGUACGACACUGCGCAGGUGUACAAGAAUGAAAAACAGGUCAGCGAGGCCAUUAAGCAGACAGGUAUAGCUCGGGGGGAUGUUUUCAUAACCACAAAGGUGAGCACCUCAAACCAGGGAUAUGCAGAGGCAAUGGCCUCUGUGCGAGAAAGCCUUAAGGUUAUGGACCUUGAGUACCUGGACCUGGUUCUAAUCCACUGGCCAGGCGCAAAGGGAAUUGACCUGCAGAGCCCGCAGAACAAGAGUCUGCGGCAUGGCUCGUACAAAGCUCUGCUCGAGCUGCAGGAUGAAGGGGUAGUCCGCAAUAUUGGGGUCAGUAACUUUAUGUGCACACACCUAAGAGACCUGUUUGAGGAGUUUGACAAGAAGCCGCAGGUAAAUCAGAUCGAGCUGUCUCCUCUGUGCUACCCAAAGGAUGUGGUUGCAUUCUGCCAGGAAAACAAUGUAGUUGUUCAGUCGUACUCCACUCUAGGCAGAGGAUAUCUUCUCUCUGAGGAGUACCUGCAGAAAUACCCGCAGCUGAAGAAGAUGAAGGAAAAGGGCUCUCUUGCAAACCAGAUACUCAAGUGGUCAAUGAACAAGGACUGCUGUGUAAUCCCAAAGAGCGUCCAUCCAGAGCGGAUCAUUGAGAACUUUAAGGCCCUGGAUCAGGAGCUGGACCCAGAAGAUGAGGAGUACCUCAAUAACUUCCCAUUGGAGCACAGAACAUGCUGGGAUCCGCACACAAUUGCAUAG